UUGGCAAAAGAACUCCACGAAGCCCUUAACGCUUAUAACGAUGCGAGAACUGCCAUAAUAGAGUAUCGGUGUGCAUUAACACCAGAGCUUCAAGAAGGCUUUGAGCAACGCAUGACCAUUGAACAAGUUGAUCUCAAAGAUCUUGUGGCCGCAGCCCACAACUUGAGCUACAAGUUGAUGGAAAAAACAAUGAAAAUGAAGGAAAAAAAAAUCCAACAGGAUAAACCAAGUUGGGUAGAAGAUUUAGCAAAGUCGAUCACAGAUACCAUAGAACAACAACCAAAGGUUGGAGAAAAACCAGCUGAAGUAAGUCAGCCAACGGUAACGCAACCAAAUACGAUGACUUCUCAGCCAACGGUAACGCAACCGACUAUCACGGCUUCUCAGCCAUCGGUAGCGCAACCAAAUUUCAUGGCUCAUCAGCCAUCGGUAGCGCAACAGAAUUUCAUGGCUUCUCUGCCAACGGUAGCGCAAUCAAAUUUCAUGGCUUCUCAGCCAAUGAUAACGCAACCAAACUUCAUGGCUUAUCAGCCAACGGCAACACAACCAAGUUACCUGGCUUCUCAGC